AAUGGCCCAAAACAUGACAUUAUUUAUGACAUUGGCCCCAAACAGCAGCAGAUUGCAACAAUGAACUUUUGCUGGGCUUUUCUGGUCAUGCGUGGCUGGCACUAUUAAGUGGCCAUUACUCUUUUCGUUCCAUUAGAUGUGGAGCUGCGUGAGGGAUAUAAAAUGGGCCGUGCGACUUCAUAUUCAUAUCAGUCAUUUUAUUCACUCAAUCGCAGCUAUGUCGCCCAGUCAGCUUCUUGUUAUCUUCGCUUUGCUGAACCUAAAUACUCGUCAAGUAUAUGGCCAAACCACUAUUGAUUGCCAAAGACCGCCGCAACUAGUGGAUCCAGCACUUUGCUGCAAGGAUGGGGGUCGCGACCAGGUUGCCGAUCAGUGCACACAGCGGAUUUUAGGAGCAGCAAAUGGACAGAAGGCAGCUCCUCCAUCAUUGGACACGGCAGCAUGCCUCGCUGAGUGCAUCCUCACUUCCUCCAAGUAUAUCGAUGGGCCCCAAACACUGAACCUGGCCAACAUACGCAGUGAUCUCUCAUCCAAGUUCUCCAACGAUACCCUUUAUGUGGAAACCAUGACCAUGGCCUACUCCAAGUGUGAGCCCCAAUCGCAGCGCAGACUGGCUGUUAUCAUGCAGCAGCAACAACAGGCGCAGCAGCAACAGCCCCAGCAGCAACAACCAAGAUGCAGCCCCUUCUCAGCCAUCGUCCUCGGGUGCACCUACAUGGAGUACUUCAAGAACUGCCCCGCUCAUCGGUGGACUCAAAAUGCCCAGUGUGCUCUGGCCAAGGCCUAUGUGACGCAGUGCGGUUUGGGUGCCUAACAUCCCAAAUUGAUGGGGAUGGUGCGUGUACAAUGUACAUACAUUUAUAAAAAGUAGUCAUUAAAUAAGAA